AUGGUUCUCUUCAGAGAUGUUCAUCAUUUUAGGGUAGUUUUUAAGAAUUGGACUAUUGCAGGAUCUGAUAAACGUCUACAAGAUUUUCUUUUCCAGAAAAGUUAUAAGAAAUGGUACAACGAUCCUACUGCCUACCCUUAUUGGUUUCUUUCCUUUGUGUGCAUUGGUAUUACUCUAGGGAUGGGUUAUAGAACUGCAGUCUGUCACCCUGAUGUAUCAUUUCGUCAUGAAAAUCAGGUUAAAUACCAUAUCGAUCGUAAAAUACAUAAUAUGUAUGCUAUACCAUUUUACAAUACUACUAUCAAAAAUUUUGCACUUUUGUUCACUGGUUCUUUUGUUGAUAAUGAGCAUGAUUAUGCAUCUGCACAUCCUUGGAAUUGCAGGCCAGAACGCGGGAAAUAUUAUGCUAGAUUUCCAUUUAUAUUUAGCGCACCUAAAUACUUUGUAGAUGAGCCGGAUUAUGAAAAUACGUUGCAUUCCCAUGUAGAGAAUAGAUACAAGGAAUUGGGUUAUUAUGGUGUUAAUAAUUAA